CGCAUCUUCUGCCUAACACGGUAAGUCUCCCUAUUUGGAUAACCUUCUUCGCAGGGCCGUCUUUACUCCCACCCAAAACAAAACACCUGGAAUGGCCAGCACAGAACAAACAGACCUGUACAAUCGCUGGAAAGCGCUCCAGCAUCAGCUGGAGAUGCUGGAUUUGCAAGAAGAAUUCAUUAAAGACGACUGUAAGUCACUAAAACGCGAACUUCUUCGCGCCCAAGAGGAAGUGAAAAGAAUCCAGUCGGUACCUUUAGUUAUCGGUCAAUUUCUGGAAGCCAUUGACCAAAACACGGCCAUUGUUGGAAGCACAACAGGAUCUAAUUACGUUGUCCGUAUUCUCAGCACACUCGAUCGUGAACUGCUGAAACCAAGUGCCAGUGUUGCCUUACACCGGCAUUCCAACGCGUUGGUCGAUAUCCUGCCACCUGAGGCCGACUCUUCGAUCUCUAUGCUGCGUGCCGACGAACGUCCUGAUGUUACGUAUGCUGAUGUUGGUGGUUUGGACGUGCAAAAGCAAGAAAUCCGGGAAGCAGUCGAACUGCCUCUCACACAAGGCGAUUUGUACAAGCAAAUCGGUAUCGAUCCCCCCCGUGGUGUCCUGCUGUAUGGACCUCCUGGUACAGGAAAAACAAUGCUCGUCAAAGCUGUCGCCAACAGCACGAACGCCAACUUUAUCCGUGUUGUGGGUUCCGAAUUUGUUCAAAAGUAUCUCGGUGAGGGACCUCGUAUGGUCCGUGACGUCUUUCGAAUGGCACGCGAGAACGCUCCUUCUAUUAUCUUUAUUGACGAAAUUGAUGCUAUUGCUACGAAACGUUUUGAUGCCCAAACUGGUGCUGACCGAGAGGUGCAGCGUAUUUUAAUCGAACUCCUCACGCAGAUGGACGGUUUCGACCAAGAGGCCAACGUCAAGGUGAUUAUGGCCACAAACCGUGCAGACACACUCGAUCCCGCCUUAUUGCGUCCCGGCCGUCUCGAUCGUAAAGUGGAAUUCCCUUCAUACCGUGAUCGUCGUCAACGCCGUCUUGUAUUCCAAACCAUCUGCUCCAAAAUGUCACUUUCGCCUGAGGUUGACCUUGACACAUUCAUUAUGCGGCCAGAUGCUUCUAGUGGUGCCCAAAUUGCUGCUAUCAUGCAAGACGCAGGUUUGCUCGCCGUGCGUAAGAGCCGUGGUGUCAUCCUUCAAAGCGAUAUCGAGGAGGCAUAUGCUCGUGCCGUCAAGCCUACAGACAUGGAGCAAUUCGCUUUCUACAAGUAAAAAAACAGAAAACCAAAUCCAUUCCCGAGAACCACCCCAGUCUACGAGAGUCGGUGCCAAACUGUACUGUACUUGCCAUCUUGGUACAGCUGGGCCCUUCGUAUCUCACAUGUCAUCAUGUCUAUAUGUUACCAAUACUGUUGUUACAAUUAUGAACAUGCACAGUUACGAAAAUAAAAGCGUUUUAAACGGCCAUUGUCCAAGCGACACGAAACAGGGACAAAAGGAAGCAACGAAGGGUGACAGGGUGAAAGACA